AUGAACAAGUCUUCGUCUUCUAUUCGAGAUAAAGAAGAGGCAGAAGAGCCAACUACUUUUAUAUACAGCGUUGAUGGACAACAAUCAAGAUCCGCCGGCAUGCCACAAAAUGUCACUCGAGCCCUCAUUGUUGUCGCUAAGAUGAUUGCAGAGAACGAGAACGAUGACAAUGACGAUGACGAUGAAUCAAUGAGCAAAAGCAAAAACAAAAACAAAAACGACGACCAGCAAACCACAACUUUACAAGAGUCUGCCUUUCGAAACUGCACGUCUUUGAUCAAUGUACAAUUUCAUCAUUCCUUAGCAUUGCAUACCAUUGGCACGCGCGCCUUUGACAAUUGUACCGCCUUGACUUCCAUUUCUGGGUUGCCCCCAACCUUGACAAAACUACAAGAUUCGUGCUUUGCCUGGUGCCGGUCGUUGGCGAGUAUUACACUGAACCAUGGACUUUUGGAAAUUGGCAAUGGUGCCUUUGAAGGUGCUGGUUUGACUUUGAUGAAUAUCCCAAACACGGUGGAAAUCAUUGGGGAUCGAGCCUUUGCGGGUUGCCAUUUGAUGACUACCCUGUGUUUCGAAGAAGAAGAAGAUGGCCGACUGCAAGAAAUUGGCGUGCGGGCCUUUGCCAGCUGUGCGGGACUUGCUCAAAUCAAGAUUCCUUCCGCAGUCGAGAGGCUGAAGAGUGGAGCCUUUGCUUGGUGCAACUCGUUGUGGGCGAUCCAUCUUCCACACGGCUUACGGGAAAUUAGCGACAAUCUAUUGGAACGUUGCCUCGCACUCGAACACAUUUCUUUACCAAGCACUGUGGAAACGAUUGGAAAUCGAGCCUUUGAGUAUUUUACUCAAUUGGUGGAAAUCAACCUUUCCGAAACAAUGAUAAAAGCCAUUGGCUUUCGUUCCUUUGCGCAUUGUUCCGUCUUGGAGAACAUUUGCUUUCUUUCUACCAUGGUCACGAUUGACGAAGCAGCCUUUGCCGAUUGCCGGGCCAUGCAAGAUACUCAGCUCCCAAAUGGACUCCAAUCGCUAGGAGGAUUUGCCUUUUCGGGAUGUCAGUCGUUGCAAAGUGUCUCGGUGCCUUCCUCAAUCCGAGGAAUUGAAACGGGAACCUUUCAAGGGUGUUUCUCCUUGACAGAUGUUGACUUAAAGGAAGGCCUCGAAAUUAUUGGGGACUCUGCGUUUAGCUUUUGCGAUUCACUCUCGGCCAUUAGCUUUCCACGGUCACUCAACAUGAUUGGGAGGGCAUUUCAUUGCUGUCUCAAUCUUUUGGAAGUCGAGAUUCCAACAAAUGCCGAGCUAAUCAUGACGUUUCGGCCCCCUUGCUUUUCGCAAUGUCAGUCUCUGGUCACUGUUUCGAUUCCAUCGUCGAUGGACGGAUCCAUGGCACAUGCGUUUUCCGACUGUGAAAGGCUGCAAUUGCCACCGCCGCCGCCACCACUGCAGAAAUCCUUGGAGCAUGGCGAAAAUGGCAAUGACCAUAAUGCAGUACCAAAUAAAUUGCACGACAGGUUUCAUGAGUUACCAGUGCACAAAGUUUGCUAUCACGCAUCCCAUUCAACACUUGAGGACAUGCGACAGGCAUUGGAUGAUAGUCAUGGUGGUGAUUCUACUACUACUACUACCACUACCACUAGCACCCUUCGAGAGACACUGGUGGACGCAUAUGGCAUGACCCCGUGUCACAUUGUUGCGACUUCCAGCAAGCUUCCGUUGGACAUGUUUGAACUUGUUUUGGACCGAUAUCAUCGAAAUAUCAUGUGUGUCCGUGAUUGUCACGGCAAGACCAUGAUGGAUUAUCUCAUUAUGCAUCGGUCCAACAAGGCGAUACCAUUAAUCCAGACUGCGCUGCAGAAAGCGAUUACUGGUUGCUGGACGAAUGGUUGGGGUCUAACAGAAUGGAAAUUGGACUUGCUUCAUCGUGUGGAAUCCAAAAUGUUGCCGGCGGAUUGUGAUAUCAAGAUGCGACGGGAACAACUGGAUGAAAUACUGGACAGACUGGAAUACUACAGAGAAAUGGAAGCAACGUCUAUCCUUGAGCUAGCAUUGUGGAAGAUGGCCAUGAAUAACCAACAACAAAAAUUUCAUUCUUUGUCAUCAGGACAAAAACAAUACUUUUCUCUCUUGAUGGAUCGAGCAAGCUACCGAUUGCGAUGCGGUUUAGAUGUCGUGCUUUCAAAUGUGAUGGAAUGUGUUUGGAAUCCUGAUACUCGUGAAUUCGUCUACUGGAUAUGA